AUGGAUUUGCAGACCCCAUCAGUUCUUGCGCAACUGCCUCGGCCCCUUCAUGCAGCUACGGGGCAGACUCGUAUCGGUGAGGUCAACAGCCUCGCGGAGGGCAAGAAGCGCAAGCGUUAUGAACUCGUGGUUGCAGUCGAUGGCGAGGCCGUGAAUAUUUACAAUGUCCAAACACCGAAAUUGGUGACCUCCUACGCCGUGUCGCCGCAAUCCACGUUUUCAUGCCGACCUUGCUCUGUCCGUCGCAAGCUUCGAAACAAGUCAAUUGUAAAAAGGCAGACCUACGCCGCUAUAACCAAGCCAGAACAUCAGAUCAAAUGCUUUGUCGAGGAGAUCAGUACUGGCUCGAGCGCCCCUACAAUAUCCUCUUCGGGCGCCUCUAUUACUGACUCUAAAAGUCCGGUCAAUUUCGUGGGCAUUGUGCCAUCCAAUACUGUCGAUGAAUCCGAAAAUGGGUCCUUUGACAUAUUAGCAGUUCAGAAUGAUGGGCGCAUCCGUCGUCUGUCGUCUGAUCUCAAAACUCAAUAUUGGAGUAUUCAACAUAGUGAAAUUGCGAAAACUGCUUCGACUCAUGUUGUGCAGACUUGCUUUUUGAUUGAUCUUGAAGACGCAAAGAAAGGUCUGUUCAAACGCAGACAAGACUUGGCCAGUCUUGCCCUUGGUGACUUGCCUUCGACUGGCACCGACGAGCCCUCGAUUUUGCUCCUGGUCUCCCACCCGAAGGAUACGAAGACAGUCUCAAUGGAAAGCGUGCACAUUCAAAUCUUCUCGGUGCCGGCAAAGACAACGACUAGUCCGGGUGGUAUUGAGGAGAGUCAGCGUCUGAGACAUCUACAGACAAUUCAGCUUCCUGUCCCGGCUGGUCUCGAGAAAGUCAACACCAACAACUCUUUCCAGUGGAACUUCCACUCCGGCACAGCCGGGCUUCAUUUUUCCUUCGAAAAUGGAUUCGUCAAUUUCGAUCUGUCACAGUAUUCGCCUGCUGUGAGUGCGCAAUUCGUGCUAGCGGAUCAGUUCACGUCUGUCAUGCGGAUCUCUCCUCAGUGUGUCAUUGGUUCGAGCGAUUCUCUCAUUGCAAUCUAUGACACCCAAUUCAAAUCCGUUCAGCGAAGCAUUGCUCCAAAAGAUAUCGCUCUGGGCCCCGUGUCCAGUACAAACGGACCGACUGUCUUCAUCAGCUAUUUUGCGAAAUUAGGUCUUGCGGUCGGUGUGAAAGCCAACACCUUGAUCGCCUUCGACGUGACAUCUCUGCACAGCCAGCCAGCACCCUCGCUCAAGCGCUCACGAGAUGGUCUCUUGAUUGAUGCGAUUGGUCGCGGCAUUGGCUCAUCUGCCUCGCAAUGGGACAUGUCUAAGAAGCACCGAUCUGAUGAUAUGGCCCCGCUACACUUGAAAAAUGCGGAGGAAGCCGAAACCUGGCAAAAGUUCACUAUGGCUAUCGACCACGCAAGUCGUUCCCAAAAACCAGACCUCUUCGACAUGGCUGUUCUCAGUUACUUCGGAGCAUCAGAAAGCUCGAAGGAUCUGCCUCACUCCCACAUCAGUCCUGAGUCCACUCUCUUCCUCCUUUCAAGGAUCUUUACCAUGAAAGACGCAGCUGUUACGGACAAAGUCUCGGCCUCCUCUUCAUCCCAAUUGCGUGUGGCUCUAUGGCCCGCGAAAACCUGCGAGUGGCUCAUCCGCAUCGGCCACCUCUCACCGGACAAUGUCGAGAUUGCUCUGCGGCGAGCUUGCAAGCCCCGUAUCUUGCAAUCCUUCCCAACUGGGUCCUUCAUUCAAGCUUUGAUUGACUCUGAUACCUCACUGAGCCAUGUGAAUGCCGUUCUCGAAGGCCCCGCCGUUAUCGCCUCUGACGAGCUUGCGUUUGCUCUCAAGUUUUUCCUGGGUCAGGCGCGGAUGCAUUCAGGCGUUUUGGAGGAGACAGCGCGUUUGAUCACUGAUGGAGAGAUCGCCACGCCUACUCAAGAGCUGACUCGUCAUCUUGAGGGCGGGGCAGCUAGCUUGAAACACAUUUUCACCGGACUGAAUUUAUCCCUUCAGACAAUCCACGCGCAGCCUUUGCCUUCAGUGGUGAAGUCACUUCGCUCACUUCUUUCGCGACCUGAGUUGAUCUCAAUGGUUCACCAUCUUCGACUUUCGCUUGCUACUGGUGGCCACACAUCCCGAUUCACGGAGAACCCCCCCACUCCCAUCACCCUUGAUCAGAUCACUCCUUCACUAUCGCUCGAUGUCAUAGUGGAUCUCAUCACUGCUGCCGUCGAUGCCGUUGGCCCCUCUGGCUGGAUCUCUGCUCUUCCUACUGACAACGAGCUUGAGAACGGUUCUGACGCUGCGGUGGAUUCCGCUAGUCGUGAGAUGGAGCUCAUUGCCGACAUGAAGUCCGAAGUCUCUGCCGCUCUUGCUGGGGUUGAGGAAGCCACCUACUUGAAGGGUAUUCUGCGGGAGUAUCUUCGCUUUGCCCGUCAAGUAGUAGACUCAUCAAGCACUACUGCCGAUGCUGUUGCCAAGAUUGAGGAGUCUGCGGCGUCUGCACCCUCCCACCUGGUCCGUUGCGAAAAGUUGAAUGGAGCUGAUUUGAUGGUCUUUGCUCGCCCCGAGGAGGGCGAGGAGGGCGUUGACGGAGACGCAAGUGGCAAGAUCUUGCCUCUGUCCUUGAAGCCCUGGUCCCUGGACGUUUCACGCAAGAAGGUGCUGAAUUCUACUGGUGAAGUGAAGACCCGCACUAGUCGUGAGGUUGGAUAUCUCCGUCGUAAGGCGGCUGGCAAAUACUCAUUUGAGAGAUUAGUGGUCUAA